AUGAACGAAUUCCAGCGUGGUGGUGUACAGGUGUUUAUCCCAGCGGCACUCAAUAGACCUACGCAUACGCUAUAUAGCAUCUGCAUCGUAGUGCAGCCCACGAACCAAGAAUGGACAGUUAACCGCCGCUACUCGCAGUUGCUCCAGUUGCGCAAGGACAUUCAGCGCAAACUUUCUACGCGUGGCGUCUCGUGUGCAAACUGCGCCAGCUUUAAUCGUGCUAUCAGCAAGUUUCGUUUCCCAGGCAGAUCGUUGCUGCGUACUAACUCGGUCGUGCGCUACCGCGUCUCGUCCCUCCAGGAGUUCCUCAAGCUGCUUGUAGGACGUGUGUACAAUGACUUUCCAAAGUGCAGCGUGUGUGGUGAAGAGAUAAAAAACACCAUGCGACCAUUCUUCAUUCGAGGAGCACAACCGAUGAACGGUUCGAUUCUUUCCAAGAUUAACAAGUCUCUAUCGCUCGAUUCGUAUGCUAUAGUGAAUAGACCGAUGAUGCCUGUACCGGAACUGACACCGCCUAUUUCACCUUCACUGGUUGGCAGGGAACUUUUCAGCGCCAGCAAAUCGUCGAGCAAGCCAAUCUUCACACGCAGUCAGGUGUCAGUCGGCAAGUCCUUCUUCACACGCAGUCAGACGUCAGGCGGCAAGUCCAUCUUCUCACGGAGCUGUGCGAUGCUGAGUGCCACAUCCGACGAUGCAUCCACUCAGCCAAACGAAUCGGAAGACCCUAUUAUGGACUACUCAGACAGCGAUGAAGACGGCUAUGGCAAGAAGUACGACAACCAAUACUGUUACGAUGAAGGUGUGCCUCUUGAAGAAGCCAUGAAACAAGUAGUGUUGCCCGAGGGCACGCGUCUUACAUGUGAAGAAGUGAUUGUCCGACUCACAUCAAUGUGGGCUACUUACGACCUUCAGGAGACUCUAUCAGCCUUACCGCCCGAGCGGCUUUCACAAAAAGCCAAUUUUUCGAUAGACGAGAAAGAAUACGCGUUCUAA